AGGUCUCCCUCCAGGCUCCUUCUCCCCAGGCUGAACACCCGCAACUCCCUCACCCGCCUCUCACGACUCCCGAGCCCUACCGACCCCGGCUGCGCCCCCCUCGCCGGCCCUGGGGGCGGUGCGCAGCGCUGCAGGCGGCGGAGCGCCCUCCGGCACCUCCCACUCUGCCCGAGCCGAGCGGAGCCGAGCCGAGCGGCACCAUGCUGGGCAUGAUCAAGAACUCCCUGCUGAGCACGGUGGAGGCAUGGCCCUACCGAGUGCUGAGCAAGGGAGAGAAAGAGCAGCUCAGCUACGAGGAGAGGGAGUGCGAGGGCGGGAGGUUCGCGGCGGUGGAGCUGGCAGGGAAGCCAUUCGACGAAGCCUCGAAGGAAGGGGCAGUCAAGCUUCUCAAGUACGUCGGAGGAGCCAAUGACCAGGGGGCUGGAAUGGGCAUGACUGCUCCUGUCUCCAUCACUGUUUUUCCUGCUGAAGAUGGCUCCUUACAGCAGAAAGUAAAGGUCUCUCUGCGGAUCCCGAGCCCAUUUCAAGGCAACCCUCCUUCUCCUAGCGAUGAAAGCAUUAAGAUUGAAGAGAGACAAGGGAUGACCAUUUAUUCCACGCAGUUUGGUGGCUAUGCCAAAGAAGUGGAUUAUGUGAACUAUGCUGCCAAGCUGAAGUCUGCUCUGGGGAGUGAAGCUGCAUACCACAAGGAUUUCUACUUAUGCAAUGGUUAUGACCCCCCUAUGAAGCCUUAUGGGCGACGCAAUGAGGUCUGGUUUGUAAAAGAGUAAUUAUCUGGCUUCCCUGAUAAUCUCCCCGUGCUGUGUUCCUGUCCUCUUCAAAAUAAAUCAACAAUUUGGCAGAGGCAGAAAAUGAUCUUUCCCUCCCUCCACACCUAUGCUUUGGUCUUUUAUUGACCAGACAUUUCAGAAGAACAUUGCAGAGCCUCCUGAUGGUCCUGCUCCUUCAUUCCAGACCAGGUUCUCAAUCUCAUAGACUCUUGUGAUCUCUCAGUGGCUUACUUUUAUCUCCCUCGUACUCCCAGAGUUCAAUGCUGAGACAGCAAAAGUACUUAAUUAGCAAGACUGGUGCCUGACAGGAAUCACGUUCUAGUGCUGAUAGACUCUUAGUCUCACCUGAGGCAGGCAAGGGAACAUGACAGAAGUACAUACAGGGACUUUUUUAUCUUCUUGAGCUUGCUACAGCUGUAAAAUGAUGCUUUUAUCUGUGCUAUUCCAAAAGCAAUCUGAGGGGGCAUGGGCAUUGCUACCAGCUCAGCACAGUGAAGAUAAGCAUCUUUUACAUUGUCUCAUAGUAUGUAGGAGAGAAAGGCUUUUGUCAUCUGAUAGAGAAAUGUCAUUUAGAGGAGCAUCUAGAUUUCUCUGUAGCUGCCCUCCUGUUUGAGUUGAGACAUUUUGGGGUGUGUUAUGUCCUAAUCUCAUCUACAGCCGGACAGUGUGACAUGCAGACCCCAAGAUCAUUUCCUUACCUUCCUGUUACUUGUGUGCAACAUUUCUUUAAAACUAGCCUACACAAGAGCCAAAGGUGGAAUGUGUGUGGUAAUCUAAUUGAAUUAGAAAAAUACAGGCUGCCAAAAAUACGGGUGCCAAUUGUGAUCUGAGGGUGCAUUUGAAGAAUAGUGAACAUCUAGUUUAACUACUGUGGGUGCAGAUCUUUUUAAAAAACCUCUCUUAUUAAGUGUUAGUUUGUGAAGGAUUUACUCAGAGUGGCUGUCUUUAAAGGAGGAGGGAAACCUGGCUGUUCUUGAUAACUUGAGAUUUAUGUCGAAUAAUGAAUAGCCUUUUGGAAUCUUCAAGUACAAUAGUAAGGGCAAGUAUUGUUUUAGGGAGAUUGGCAACGUUUAACUGUUAGGCAUGGAACCAGCAUUUUAGCCGUCAGCUCUGCCAGGGAGGCAGCAAGGUGCCUGCAGUGGGAACAUGCUCACACACUAUAUUACUGUGGUGCCUCUAUAAUUCAUUACCUGCGCUAAAAGAGGUGUGCUGUUCUCAGGCUAAAGUGCCUCAAAAUUCAGGUGCUUUCCAAAAGUCAUUUUCCCUCUGGAGCUGAAAGAGAGAUUUGUCAGCUGGCAUCCCAGGUUCUGGCUGCUUGAACUGUUUCACAUUUGCCUGCUUUCCAGGAACAAAUCUUAGCAGUAAAAGCAGAAAACCUGAGGUUCUGAUGUGUUUUCCUUUUCUCUCUUACUGAGCCAUGUAAGAGCUAUGCUGUGGACCUCAUGAGAGAAUUUCAGUCACCAGUGUGGAGAGCAGCUAGUCAGGAUGGGUAAAAAAAAAGCAGAUAUUUAAUUUUUUUAAAAAAACAAGGGAAAAGCUAUUGGCUCUAGUUAGUGAUUGCAGUGCCAGGGAGAGGAAUGAAAAGGGACAUCAAGACAGACAAGGAGUUAGGCAUUUAGAGAUUUUUUUUUAAGGAGCAAAGACCCUUCUAAGGCCAUCCCUGAAUCCAAAGGUACCUAUUCAUGUUCCAGAUUAUUUUUACCUGUGUGGGUGAGGAAUGGAGGGGCACCGUGCUGCCUGGCUUAUGCAUUCCUGAUUUGAUCUUGGAAUUUCUGUGAAGGCUGUGGAUAUAGUCCUUUCUGGCUGUGGGUAAUGAAAGUCCUGUAAUGAUUGAAAUCCUGAAAUUUCUCAAUAUUUCUCCUGUGAAAUCUCACAUGUUAGGAAGAAGUAAACCUGGUAUGAACAGAGCUGGACAUCUCAGUAGCAUGGGUUUUUUUUCGUAACAUGCAUACACUUCUUUCUGAACAGAGAGUAAGAGUUUCUGGCCCAAUAAUGUGAGUAAUUGCAUCUGUAGACUCUGCCUGUGCAACCCUGCUACUGGCCUUUUGCAUGGAGUAGGCAGUAGAGUCUCAUGAAGAGUGUUAGCUGCUGUCAAAGUCUUGUGCAAACUGAAUUGCCUUUUCUGUACAAGCAAAGAUGCCUGUGUUCUGUCUGCACUUUCUAGGGUUUUUAAAUAAAUAAAAAAAUACUAAUAUAAUGAUUUACAUUUCCUGUGCUGAUCAUUGAUUUUUUGGGCUCAGUGGCAGUUGUUGAUUUGAAAGACUUCAGGUUGCCAGUUUAUCUUUCUGUUUGGAGUGCUAAUCAUGUCACAGCAUCUGUAAAUAUCGAUAAUGCUUUUCCCAAUAAAUUGCUGU